UGCUUGUGUUGUACUGGCAAGGCUAAGCUUUCCUCUGAUCCUUUUUGGUUCUGAGCAUUGCGCAUGAGCAGAUAGUGUAUACUGCCUCUGGAAACUGAUGAUAGCCUCUGUACCGUGGCAGGACUCCUUUCACAGAGAAACUUGGAAUCAGCUCUGAAAUUGAGAUCACAUCCAAUGCAUGGAUUGCCUACUAUUCUAAACUACCAGAGUGCAACGGGAAACUACCAGGGAGUAAGUCUUAUCAAGGAUGAAACUAAUCCUUACCACAACAAAGAGGCUAGUCGAUCACAAUCAUGCAGCAACAAACAUUUUACUGGAUCACUGUAGCCAUCAAGCUGGUUUUGUGCCUGUUCCUAUGGCUCCCUGGAUCACAAGCUUCAGUUAGCUUUAAGCCCAACAUAGUGCUGAUACUGGCUGAUGAUCUUGGUAUUGGAGAUAUAGGCUGCUAUGGUAAUGAUACCAUAAGGACCCCUAAUAUUGACCGUCUAGCAAAGGAAGGAAUAAAACUGACUCAGCACAUUGCUGCGGCUCCACUUUGCACUCCAAGCAGAGCAGCCUUCUUGACUGGCAGAUACCCCAUCAGAUCAGGUAUGGAUUCCACUAGCGAAUUUCGUGUUAUUCAGUGGAAUGCCGGUUCAGGAGGCCUCCCUCCAAAUGAAACCACAUUUGCCAAGAUAUUGCAGAAGCAAGGCUAUAUCACUGGACUCAUAGGAAAGUGGCAUCAAGGUAUUAACUGUGAAUCCCGCAACGAUCAUUGCCAUCACCCUUUAAACCAUGGGUUUGAUUAUUUUUAUGGUAUGCCUUUUAGUCUAAUGAAUGACUGUCACAUAACAAAACCUCCAGAGAAGGACAGAGCCUUGAGAUCCAAACUUUGGCUUCUUACUCAGAUACUUAGCCUUGCUGUACUCACACUUGUUGUAGGAAAACUUGCUGGCUUGGUCUCAGUCAGCUGGAAAAUAAUGAUCUGCUUUGCUUGGUUUGAUCUCUUGUUCUUCAUGUCCUGGUUCUCAAUGUAUGGAUUCACAAGAUUCUGGGACUGUAUUAUGAUGAGAAACCAUGAAAUUACGGAACAGCCAAUGGUGUUAGAAAGAACCGCAUCUACUUUAUUGAAAGAGGCCGUCUUCUUUAUUGAAAGAAACAAGCACAGACCAUUCCUCCUCUUUGUUUCCCUUUUACAUGUCCACACCCCACUUAUCACCACAGAGAGGUUUCUUGGGAAGAGUAGACAUGGUUUAUAUGGAGAUAAUGUAGAGGAGAUGGACUGGAUGGUAGGCAGGAUUUUGGAGGCUAUUAGCACAGAAGAUUUGAAAAAUAGUACACUCAUUUAUUUUGCCUCUGACCAUGGUGGAUUUUUGGAAGCUCAAGAAGGAAAAGCCCAGAUGGGUGGUUGGAAUGGAAUAUACAAAGGUGGAAAAGCUAUGGGAGGCUGGGAAGGAGGAAUCCGUGUGCCAGGGAUAUUUAGGUGGCCAGGAAUGUUACCUACAGACAUAGUCAUCGAUGAACCUACAAGCCUUAUGGACAUUUUCCCUACGGUGGCUCAUCUGGCGGGUGGGACAGUGCCACAGGACAGGAUAAUUGAUGGUCGGGACCUCAUGCCAUUACUGCAGGGAAGAGUUCAGCACUCAGAGCAUGAGUUCAUGUUUCACUACUGUGGUGUGCAUUUACAUGCAGUGCGGUGGCACCAGAAAGACAGUGGUGCAAUAUGGAAGGCUCAUUAUGUGACCCCAAAAUUCAGUCCAGAAGGUGCUGGAGCUUGUUAUAGAAUUGGAAUUUGCCCAUGUUUUGGAGAAGGUGUAACCCAUCAUGACCCUCCUCUGCUGUUUGACCUCUCACAAGACCCUUCUGAGGCCAAUCUUCUCUCACCUGGCACUGAGCCCCUAUUUGACACAAUAAUAAGCAGAAUAGAAAGAGCAGUGGAAGGGCAUCGCAGGACACUGACUCCAGUUCCACAACAGCUGUCUUUGUACAACAUUAUGUGGAAACCUUGGCUUCAGCCCUGUUGUGGGACAUUUCCUUUCUGUUGGUGUGAUAAAGAAGGUGACAGUACGCAUGACUCAAAGUGAGUGGCGGUUGACAAAAAUCCUGUAACAGCGAAUACUUUGCUACAGCCAGCUUUUAAUAAUAUCAUUUCUAAAUAGCAUGUUGUCUUGGGCCAAAUUAUACCUUAAAUAGCCAUCUCCUCCCUCUUUCUCCUUCCUGAGGAACUAAAUGACUAAAAACCAAAGACUGGGCCUUAGCUCUUCCCAUUUCUCCCUCUCCCACUAGUAAAAUGUACUGUGGAAAGCACUUUCUACGUGAAAAAGAACCUGCAGAGACUGAGUUCCUAAAUACGAAUUUUGAAGCCUAACUUUAGGCAUCCAUUUUCAAUAGAAAAUUGGCCAUAGUGCAUCCAGAUGUAGUGGUUUGAGGAUUACAGCUGCUUCCUUUUCCCAGAUCACCACAACCUAAAAGAGGCAUAAUUCAUUCAGUCUUUAUGUUUGGCUAUGUUUAUACAGCUGUAGAUAUGCAUACCUAAAAGGCAGAUGGACAGAGAGAGAAAGUGGUUUACCAAAAGCAUUCUACAAUUUUUCAACAGUUUUUGAACAAACUGCAGCUUUAAUGGAACUAGAGCAAAGUAAAUGAUCUUAAGCUAUGUAAAGCACAAUAUGGCUUUGUAAUUUUUUUUUCAGUUGUACAAUCAUUACUAAAAGAAGAGGCCUAUUUUAUUACUGCGAAAGGGGUCCUGUUAUAGUUUUGCUUUGUAAUUGACCAUUUUAGUCAAUGGCACGAAUAAAAAUCUCUCCGAUAAACUUA